GCCACCAACAAACACACACAAACAGAGACACCUGUACACACACACAUGUACAUACACACACAGAAACAUGUACACACACUCACAGAGACACAUGUACACACACAUGCACACACACACAUACAGAUACAUGUAUACACGUACAGACACGCAUACACACAGAUACAUGUACAUACACACAGACACAUGUACAUACAUACACAGACACAUGUACGUACAUACACGUACAUGCACACACACAGACACAUGUACACACACAUACAUGUACAUACACGUAGACACAUGUACAGAUACACACAUGUACACACAGACCCAUCUACAUGCAUACACAGACACACACACACAUACACGUAUAUACACACACACAGCCCUAUAAAAAGUUGCUGUACUUCGUUGUUCACUCACAGAGCCGGGUAAUGCACUCUAGGGGGAGGCAGAGAGCACAGCACACACUCCUUGCUUUGCUUUUACUGCGCUCAGCUAUUGAGCAGUCUGACGGCUCCCAGUGCCAAUGACAGAUCCGGCCUGAGCUCUGAGCCUGCUCAGCAAGACAGCCCUGGGGGACACACUCGACCCCACCAUAAUUUCCACUCGCCAUUGGUGAGCAGGCGAGUGGAAAUUUCAAGC